CGAAGAGUGGGAAGUGGACGGGGACUUGAUGAUGCUGUGGAACAUGUUUCUUGUUUAGUGGAGAAAGAUUAAUUAGUCGUAAUCCAAGUGCUCCACAGGGCCACGCCAUUAGCGUCUGUUUGUACUUUGCUGAAAGGAGCUUGGAAGAGAAGUCCAAAGGGGGAGGCGUCCAAUUUUGACCUGGCCAGGCAAUUGAAUUUGUUUGGAAAGAUUGUUUGAAUUUUCACAUUUUGAUUGGUAUUUUUAAAUGUUUUAUCGUAUUUUUGGAUGAGGGAAUAAUGGAAGGGGGAAAAAAAAAUGGGAAGAAAAAGACAGAGAUGACGGCGACAGGAAGAAGCACGAAUGAAGGCGGCUUCCUUGCAUUCAACGCAUCUUUUAACCCCCUCUCGUUCUCGACCUCAUCUCUCCGCUACUCUGUCCGAGAAGUCUACAAAAGGACUCCUUUUCUAGCCUCGCUCACACUGUUGCUCUCCUUCCCAAUCCACUCCGCGCCUCUUCUCUGGAUGAUUCAGGUGGCUGUCAAUCAAGAUUCGCCGUUCAAAGAGCUUGGAAUCAAGAACAGGGGCGGCAUGGGAAUGGAACAGGGAGGCGGUGGGCGGGAGGAGCACCGGUGGCCGCCGUGGCUGCGGCCGCUGCUGUCGACUAGCUUCUUCGUGCAAUGCAAGAAGCACGCGGUUCAUUCCCACCGGAGCGAGUGCAACAUGUACUGCCUCGAUUGCACGGACGGCGCUCUUUGCUCCGUCUGCGUACUCGCUCACCGCGACCACCACGCCAUCCAGAUAAGGCGGUCGUCGUACCACGACGUGAUCAGGGUGUCGGAGAUCCAAAAGGUGCUGGACAUCAGCGGCGUGCAAACCUACAUCAUCAACAGCGCCCGCGUCGUCUUCCUGAACGAGCGCCCUCAGCCGCGGCCCGGCAAGGGCGUCACCAGGACCUGCGAGGUCUGUGACCGCAGCCUGGUUGACUCCUUCCGUUUUUGUUCCCUCGGCUGCAAGCUCUCUGGCACCUCGUAUAACGACGACAACCACAACAAGAAGAUUAAAUCGAGAGGAGGAUCGGACUCGGAGCACUCAAGCACCAGCGAGAAGAGCAACGCCAUCCAGAACUUCACCCCGUCGACCCCGCCGCCGUCGAGCGCCAAGAGGAGGAAGGGCAUUCCCCACCGAGCUCCCUUCGGAAGCGUAAUGCUGGAAUUCUAAUCCCCACAGCUACCGCGUGUACACAUAGGCCUUUCCCAGCACUCAGUGCUUCUUGAGCCGGAGAGGCCGGCGCUGGGAACCACAGAGCCAAGAAAACAGAGCAGACGAAUAAUUAGAGCACCAUAGCUGAUCGGUUGCAGUAGCUUUAGAUCGAUGGAGCAGGUGCAAUGUAAUCAGAAACUCGUUGUAAUAAUUAAUAAAAUCCUCUCCGUUUUUGUUUGCCAA